UUUGCUCCUUGCUCAUGUUGGGCAUCAUCUAUGUUUCGCAGUCUAAUCAUAGAUUCUUCAUUAAGAGGUAUGUUGCGUGUGGGAGAUAACCCUUGAUUUAUACAGUGUCGAGAUACCUAUAUCCAUUCCACCUGUGAACCGUUUGGCCUACAGCAAUUGUAUCUACACCAAUUUUACAUUAAUUUCACCCACCUUAUUCUGUACAUAAUAUAAUUUAGUCUACUCCAUUACGCUUAUAUUACAACGGAAAACGCUGCAUCCUUGUAUUUUGUAUCCGGCAUUUUUUUUAAACCUAUCAUAUUUGACAAAACUGUAUCCAGAACAGAAUGUUUGGCAUUUAUUAUUUCUGGAAAAAAAAGACGGAUAAAAUUGAAUCCUUGCAUUUUAACUGCAUUCUUAGUUGCUGCAGCCUGGUAGACGUUUACCAACGUUUCAGUGGUACUUGCUGCCUUCAUCAACAAGGCAAGGUUUAGGUUAUGCUCAGAAGCUUAUGCCGUGUGUCAUAUUGAUUACCUUUGCCAUGUUACAUGUUAUCGUUGAGAGUGCGAAGGAAAUACAAAUGGUUACGGUUUAUACAUCUUGAUUACAAUCCAUUGAACGGUGCUAAGGAAGUACAUUUCAUCAUAAACAGUGUCUUAAUCACAGGUGUGAAGUUUUUGAGUCAGCUACAAACAGCCAUUCAAUGGAAGAGGAGGAUGAAGAAUAUGAUAAGUUUGGACAAGAACUAGAAAGAGUGCAGGUGGCUAUGAAGAGUUUUCAUAUUGGCCAAGUCAGUGGUUGGGAUGAUGACGCUGAAGGGUUAGAGGAAGAAGUUAAUCCUUUUGAGUCUCCUGACAAAGAAAUUUUGUGGGCAUCAGAGAAUGGAAAAUUGUCUGCAGUAGAAAGACUGAUACUUAUUGAUCCAAUGUUAAUUCAUGUGAAGGAUAAGGAUGGUUACACACCUCUUCACAGGGCUUGUUACAAUGGCCAUGAACAUGUCGUGGAUUUGUUACUAAGCCAUGGAGCAAAUAUAUCUGCGGAGACAGUGGAUGGGUGGCAGCCCCUGCACUCAGCCUGUAAGUGGAACAAUGCUGGAUGUGUCGCAAAGCUUCUGGAACACGGAGCGGAUCCCAAUGCCGCAAGUAACGGAGGACAGACGCCCUUGCACCUAGCAGCUUCAAACAGCUGCGCCAAAGACACUCUACAAGUACUGUUGCUUCACCCCGAUAUUCAAACAGACUUGAAGAAUAGGGCUGGUGAAAGUGCCGCUGACCUGGCACGACGCUGCGGCAAAUACAGCUGUUUCUUUGAGAUGGCAGAGACCUGCAUCAACAUUCUCUGAUGCGUUUGCUAUGUUCAGUUUAGUACUGGAUAGUAAUAAUUUUAUGUACAUUAUUCCAAACUAAUUUCACAUCAUGUGAUUAAAAUCAUUGUUUGUAAAUUUUUAUGAUAUUUGUAAAAGACUCUAAAAUGAAUUAUCAAUGCUUGCUGUUAAUGAAAUAUGUUCUACAAGCUCAGACAGUGAACUGAUAUUUAUAUGAUUUAUAUAUACAGUUCUAUUCACAAAUGUAAUGUAAAUAUUAUCUGCUUAUGCUGCUUCACAAACACAACAAGAUUUAUUUAUGUAAUGAAGGAAUAAAAGUGUAUGAAUGUGUA